AGCGUUGUUUUUGUUUAUAGUAUUUGGUAUGUUUAUUGUUUACUUUGGUGCGGUGUGUAUGUUAAUCGUGUGGAGUGGAACGCGAUUUGCUAAUUGACAGAAGAUCACGAAAGAGACAGGAAUUCGUAUAAUUACACGAAUUUUAAACUGACGCAGAGUAAAAUGAUGUUCACGCUACCUUGUAUUUUUUAAACAUCGAUUUUCGCAAUUGUUUCAUUUGCAUUAAUAAUGGAAACAAGUACCACUAUUAUAAGAAGCAAUCUAAGAGAACAAAGGAUUCAUGAAAGGGAUGAGAGACGACAGGAAAUUGUAAAUCAUCGACGAGCGCUGGGAGAGUUGAACUUAAGUGAUCGAAUCGUAAGCGCUACAGAAAUCACGGAUUUGGCGAAUAAAUUGAAAUGCAAAAAGAUAACGCUACAAGACAUGAAGAUUUUAAAACAGGCCCUUAUACAAAGUGAGGACAAUAUACGUGCAUUUUUAAAUGUCAACGGCGCGCUUCAUGCUCUAGUUCGUGAAGCAUCCGGUAAUAAAACACCAUACAAGUUGGAAGCUAUCAACUGCUGUUGCAAUCUUGCACUUGGAAAUGAAAAAGUUGGAAUGCAACUAACCAAAGCAUUUGCACCUUAUCUUAUUUCACAGUUGGAUUGCUUCAGCCAUGUAUUCCUGGAUAUUUGCCUCUGGACUCUUGGAAACUUGGCAGGGAGUGGUGUGAAGCCUUGGUCAAUAUUAAAAACUCAAGGUCUUUUGCCAAAGAUUCUGCAACUCAUUGCCAUGGGAAGUGUCAUUCAGUCAGCAGUUUAUGCUCUUAUGAUGUACACAAGGACAGGAAUCACUUUUUUAGAGGACCAUGAGCUUGAGUCAAUUGCUGUGGAAAGUUGCCCGUUGAUGUCAACAGAACCAACUGUUAACUGGGUCAUUUAUCUUCUGAGCUGCACUGAGAAGUGUGAUAUAAUUAUGCUUAAAAAUUCUGUUGUCUCAAAAGCAUCGAGCCUUUUGCUGGAAUUGCUGAGAAAACUUGCCAGUGAAAAUGAAAGCAAUGAUAUAGUGACUGUAACAGCACUACUUAGAAUUAUAGGAAACUUGUGUGGAGGAAGGGAAGAAUGUGUAGAGGAACUGAUGCAGGGAGUAGAUUCUCAGAAACACAUGCUUGAAUUGUUUGGGACACUUCUAAGUUCUCCAUAUCCUCAUCUAAGAUGUGAAUCAUUGUGGGUUAUUGGAAAUGUUGCCAAACAUUUGUGUGAACCAGAGAUCUUCUUAUCACAACUGGAACCAAGCCUUAGUAACACUCUCAAAGCCAACAUUACACUGAAUAUAUAAUAAUAAAUGUGUAAUAAUAAUUGAUGUCAAUUUAAUAUUUUGUACCUUGAUGAUAAGCAAUAUAUAUUUAUGUUAUGCA